GAGGGAGGAGAAGGCGUGGCGCGGGGCUGCAGCGGCGCGGGGCUCUUGCUCGCGCUCUAGAGCUUGCUCCGCUGCUGCCGCUGUCUCCGCGGUGGUUCCUGCCCGCCUGGCCGCGGGGCUCGCCCGCAAGGUUCCUGCCACUGUCUCUGGAGCAUGGCAGGCUACUGAGCUUGAGUGGCAGUGUCAAGCAGGAGCCGUGUGUCUUGCCCAGUGGCAGGGGAGGUGUCCAUGGCUGCAGCCAACAGAGGCAAUAAGCCCAGAGUCCGAAGUAUCCGAUUUGCAGCAGGCCAUGAUGCAGAAGGCUCCCAGAGCCAUGUCCACUUUGAUGAAAAGCUGCAUGACUCAGUGGUCAUGGUUACUCAGGAGAGUGACAACAGCUUUCUGGUCAAGGUUGGCUUCCUGAAGAUCCUGCACAGGUAUGAGAUCACCUUCACUCUGCCUCCAGUGCGCAGGCUGAGCAAAGACAUCCGUGACGCCCCAGUCCACAGCCUGCACCUCAAGCUCCUCAGUGUCACCCCCAUCCCUGAAGCAGGGUACAGCAUCAAGUGUGAGUACUCAGCACACAAAGAGGGCGUCCUCAAAGAGGAGAUGCUCCUGGCCUGCGAAGGUGACCCAGGCACCUGUGUGCGUGUGACGGUGCAGGCACGGGUCAUGGACCGGCACCACGGUACACCCAUGCUGCUGGAUGGUGUCAAGUGCGUGGGCGCCGAGCUGGAGUACGACUCGGAACACAGCGACUGGCAUGGCUUCGACUGAGGCCUGGGGCCCUGCCUGCCUGCCUACCUGCCUGCCUGAGCCCCUGAGCCUUAAAUUCCACCUGCUCCCCGAUGACAUGCUGCGUGAUGGUGUGGCUUCCUCACCUCUCCCCUGGGUGGGCGUGCCAGGGCUAGACCUUGCUCACGCCCCCCACUUCUGCCUUCAUUCCUGCCACCGUCCUGCCUCUCCUGUGGUCUCCUCGCCCACUUCCUCCUCUCCCAUGUGCCUGAGUCUCCUGACUGAAGAAAUGGGUUGAGUCCCAGGGAGGCUGUCUGGGAGGAGGGACCUGGGGUGGGAUUUACCUCUUCUGCCCCAAGCCAUAGGGGCUCUAGCUAGGGACUGGGAGAGGACGGAGUGGCCCUGUCUCCUGAUGUGGAUGCCCCAUGCUGCUGCUACGGUCGUCUCACCCCCCACCUCUGCUGCCCUCCACCUUCCCCACUGCGGUUCAUGUGGUGAGGACGUACAGUUUCCAGCUCCUACCCCUCAGGUCUGUGGUACUUGGUUUUUAAAUGACUGGUUGGGAUAGAGACCUUAAUAAAUAAAAGUUCCAGUAGAUACCA